UGAUUGAUUACCCUUCCUGGAGCUGGGUAGGGCCUUGGCUCUGAUGGGAGAGCACUGUGGAUUCUAGCCUAGCACGCUAACGCAACCUCUUUCAGCCUUUCCGGUCCAUACUUCUGUGGGAAAACAUGGCAGACGACGAAUUAGAGGCAAUUCGGCGGCAGAGGAUGGCGGAACUGCAGGCGAAGCACGGGGAGGCCUCAAAUAAUCAGCAAGGAGAGGAGGCCAAACAAAAAGAAACAGACAUGAGGAACUCGAUAUUGGCCCAAGUUCUUGACCAGUCUGCCCGUGCCAGAUUAAGCAAUCUUGCUUUGGUGAAGCCAGAGAAGGCCAAUGCAGUUGAGAACUAUCUUAUUCAAAUGGCUCGUUUCGGAAAGUUAGGGGGAAAGAUUUCGGAGGCUGGCUUGAUUGAAAUCCUAGAAAAAGUCAGUCAGCAAACAGAGAAAAAGAUGACUGUCAAAUUCAACAGACAGAGGGUGAUGGACUCAGACGAUGAUGACGAUUACUAACUUCAAAUUGGACCUCUGGAAUGAGCAAAGAAAUCGGGAGAGGAUAUGCUCUACUUGAACUCUGAUAGCAUCUCGAACCAACAUAUUCCUGUUAGCUAAAUCCUGGGAUGCCACACUAGUUCCUGUGUGUCUCUGGAAACUAAACCCCAAGAGGGAAACACAAGGCCAUGAAUUUGACAUUUUGGCACAAGUGGUGGGGGGUGGAAUACACAGUGUCAAAUAAGGUGGUCUUUUAUUAUUAUUUUUGUUGCUACAAAUUGGCUCUGCUUAUGUUGUACCCCUGACAACUCAUAGCACAGUGUGACUCCUCCAGUCUUUCACAGUAGUUUUCUUUCACCAUGGCUGGUUUCUGUUCUUCUGACAUAGCUAGCCUAGAAGCUAAACAAAAUGCAAAACAUAAUUCUGCUGUUGCAUUUUAUCUAGAUUGUUCAGUGUACAAAUACAUUGUUCUCUAUUCAGGGCCCUUUUCCGAAUAGCCUUGGAUGUUGCACUUGGAUAUUUUCUUUUUGCAGACAUGUAUCUUAAAGGUUUACAUAAAAAUAAAACAAGCCUUAAAUCCA